AUGGCACGGCACGGCGCCGGGCAGCUCCUGCUGCUGGGGCUCAUGCCAGCUCUCCUCCUGGCUGUGAGGAUCAACAGCAAAGGCCGUGAGGUGCUGUACUUGGCCAAGGGAGACUCAGUGAAGCUGGGCUGUCCCUACGUCCUUGAGCCCGAGGACAACGGUCCCCAGGGUGUGGGAAUUGAGUGGAUCCAGAUCACACCUGAGAGAACCGGCCCCGAAAAUGUGUUCCUUUCCUACCACGACCACCACGUCAACUACGGCAGCGGUUCGGGGCUGCAGGACCGCGUGGCCUUUGUGCAGAACGACCCCGGGCAGCACGACGCCUCCAUCCGCCUGGCAGACCUGCAGGUCUCCGACACCGGCACCUACCAGUGCCGCGUCAAGAAGAACACGGUGGCCGUGCACGAGGUCAUCGUCACCGUGCAAGAGAAGCCGGCCGCCCCGCAGUGCUGGACUGAAGGAGAUCAGGUGCAGGGCGGCAGCAUUUUGCUGCGCUGCUACAGCCGCGGAGGGGCCGCGCCGCUGGCCUACCAGUGGGCCAAGCUGGCAGAUGGGUAUGGAGGAGGACGGCUGCCCCAAGGAACCAUCCAAGGCCGUGCUCCCGGUGACCUCCUGAUCCGCAGCCUUUCGGAGGCUCACUCUGGUGUCUACCAAUGCCGGGUCACCAACCGCGUGGGCUACGCCACGUGCCAGAUCAGCCUCAGCCCCGCACAGAGAGGCGGCCGCCAGGCGGGAGUCAUCGUGGGCUCCGUCCUGGGCUCCUUGCUGCUGCUCAGCCUCCUGGGGCUGCUGAUCGGGGCCCUGAUGUGCCGCUACCGCAGGAAGGAGUGCCAGCGGAGCUGCAGCGAGUGCAGGAGCAGCACGGGUGGCACCAUGACCCGCACCUGCAACGUCUGCGCCCACCCCUAUUCGCCCCACGGCAUCAGCUACAUGCAGUGCCAACACGGCGACGGCGACGAGCGCGCGGCCGCGCUGCUCUGCAACGAAGGCAUCCGGCACCAGGUCGCCUGCCCCGCUCUGUAACCCCGCAUCGAUUCCCUUUCCGGGCUCCCGGCCCCGACUCCAUGGAUUCUCCGUGGCAAAACCGAAGCCAAGAAUUCGCCUCUUCCCCGCCUCCACGUCGACGCGUCGCUGGGUUCCCCACAAGCUUUGGGGGUUGAAUGAUUCGCGUUAUGAUUUUGCUUUUUGGCCGUUUUUUGUAUCGUAUUUCCACGCUGUUGCAGCGCUAUUUAUUUCUUGUGUCCCGCCCCCAAUCCGUCCCACUGCCCGGUGCCCCCCCACGAUUGGCUGCAGCGAUUUGGUGUUUGUUGGAAACGCCGUCGGCACCGGGAGGAGCA